GCGGGCGGGGAGGGGAGGGGAAAAAAAAGGGAAAAGGAAAGGAAAAGGAAGGGGAAGGGACGCCACACGCCUCUUCUGCCCGGCCCCGGGGAGAUGGCGAGCAGGCGGAGCACUGACGAGAUGCGGGAGCGGGUGGUGCUGGGCGAGUUCGGCGUCCGCAAUGUGCACAGCACCGACUUCCCCGGCAACUACCCCGGCUACGACGACGCCUGGGACCAGCAGCGCUUCGAGGAGGAGUUCCGUGUGGACGUGGUGGGUGAGGAGGACGGCGUGCUGGAGUUCGACAUGGUGGGCAUCGACGCUGCCAUCGCCAACGCCUUCCGCCGCAUCCUGCUCGCCGAGGUACCAACGAUGGCUGUAGAGAAGGUUUUUGUGUACAACAACACAUCCAUUGUGCAGGACGAGAUUCUGGCUCAUCGCUUGGGCCUUAUCCCAAUCCGAGCUGACCCUCGACUCUUUGAAUACAGAAAUCAAGGAGAUGAAGAAGGGACAGAAAUUGAUACAUUGCAGUUCCAGCUGAAAAUAAAAUGCAGCCGAAAUCCUCAGGCAGCCAAAGAAUCAUCUGACCCUAAUGAGCUGUAUUUCAAUCACAAAGUGUACAGUAAGCACAUGACGUGGGUGCCCUUGGGGAAUCAGACAGACCUCUUCCCAGAUGCUGACUUCCGACCUGUUCACGAUGACAUCCUCAUUGCACUGUUGCGACCGGGCCAGGAAAUAGACGUGCUCAUGCACUGUGUCAAGGGUAUAGGUAAAGAUCACGCCAAGUUUUCUCCUGUGGCCACGGCGAGCUAUCGACUGCUUCCUGACAUUACUCUCCUGCAGCCUAUUGAGGAUGAGGCAGCCGAGACGUUGCAGAAGUGCUUUUCCCCUGGAGUCAUUGAGAUCCAGAACAUCAAGGGAAAAAAGGUGGCGAGAGUCGCCAAUGCACGGUUGGACACGUUCGGCAGGGAGGUUUUUCGACACGAGGGUCUGAAAAACCUUGUGCGCCUGGCAAGAGUGCGAAAUCAUUACAUCUUUUCAGUGGAGUCCACGGGUAUCUUGCCUCCAGACGUGCUGGUGAGCGAAGCCAUCAAGAUUCUGAUGGGCAAGUGUCAGCGCUUCCUGAACGAGCUGGACGCUGUGCCAAUGGAGUGACCGCAGGCAGCGGAGAAGCUUCUGGCACCUGCCUGCAGGAGCCGGUUCCUCUUCCAUAGGAAAGAGGUUUGAGAUGGGUUUAAGAGUCCUCAGACCAUCUCUUUAAACUUUUAUACUGUUUGUAAUGAGCCUCAGUGAGGAGACGGACUAAAAUAAAAGCUUUCUUUUACA